AUGACGUCACUGAAGCUCGACUGCCACUACGCCUACGCCGACCCUCUGCCUCCCCCAGUGCACACCUUCCCCUCACUGCGCUCCCUCUCUCUCCUCUUCGUGCCCGCGCACUACCAAUUCAUCUCCCUCUGCUCCUCGCUCACCUCGCUCGCCCUCUGGCAUCCCGACGCCUUCGCCCUCCACUCCCUCGCAUCCGCCUCCUCUCCGCUCCGCCGCUCCCUCGCUUCCCUCACCAUCCACAACGCCCGGCUGGAAGCUGCCCUCACGCCCCUCGCUUCCCUCCCUCGCCUCGCCUCUCUCUCCUUCCUCUCCUGCACCAUCGACCCUUGCGACCUGCACGCGCUCUCUCGCUCGCUGCACACGCUCAAUUAUCUGGCAGUCCAUGACUGCCCCAUGAUUCCCAGCCACUCCCUCGCGGCGCUCGCUGAAAGCAACCCCGCACUCACCUCCCUCUCACUCUCUCCGGGCUGCCCUCGUACCGCCCAGGCAUGCUUGGCGAGGAAGCAUCGCUGCUUCCCCUGCAGCACAGCAGCAGCAGCAGCAGCAGCAGCAGCAGCAGCAGCAGCAGCAGCAGCAGCAGCAGCAGCAGCAGCAGCAGCAGCAGCAGCAGCAGCAGCAGCAGCAGCAGCAGCAGCAGCAGCAGCAGCAGCAGCAGCAGCAGCAGCAGCAGCAGCAGCAGCAGCAGCAGCAGCAGCAGCAGCAGCAGCAGCAGCAGCAGCAGCAGCAGCAGCAGCAGCAGCAGCAGCAGCAGCAGCAGCAGCAGCAGCAGCAGCAGCAGCAGCAGCAGCAGCAGCAGCAGCAGCAGCAGCAGCAGCAGCAGCAGCAGCAGCAGCAGCAGCAGCAGCAGCAGCAGCAGCAGCAGCAGCAGCAGCAGCAGCAGCAGCAGCAGCAGCAGCAGCAGCAGCAGCAGCAGCAGCAGCAGCAGCAGCAGCAGCAGCAGCAGCAGCAGCAGCAGCAGCAGCAGCAGCAGCAGCAGCAGCAGCAGCAGCAGCAGCAGCAGCAGCAGCAGCAGCAGCAGCAGCAGCAGCAGCAGCAGCAGCAGCAGCAGCAGCAGCAGCAGCAGCAGCAGCAGCAGCAGCAGCAGCAGCAGCAGCAGCAGCAGCAGCAGCAGCAGCAGCAGCAGCAGCAGCAGCAGCAGCAGCAGCAGCAGCAGCAGCAGCAGCAGCAGCAGCAGCAGCAGCAGCAGCAGCAGCAGCAGCAGCAGCAGCAGCAGCAGCAGCAGCAGCAGCAGCAGCAGCAGCAGCAGCAGCAGCAGCAGCAGCAGCAGCAGCAGCAGCAGCAGCAGCAGCAGCAGCAGCAGCAGCAGCAGCAGCAGCAGCAGCAGCAGCAGCAGCAGCAGCAGCAGCAGCAGCAGCAGCAGCAGCAGCAGCAGCAGCAGCAGCAGCAGCAGCAGCAGCAGCAGCAGCAGCAGCAGCAGCAGCAGCAGCAGCAGCAGCAGCAGCAGCAGCAGCAGCAGCAGCAGCAGCAGCAGCAGCAGCAGCAGCAGCAGCAGCAGCAGCAGCAGCAGCAGCAGCAGCAGCAGCAGCAGCAGCAGCAGCAGCAGCAGCAGCAGCAGCAGCAGCAGCAGCAGCAGCAGCAGCAGCAGCAGCAGCAGCAGCAGCAGCAGCAGCAGCAGCAGCAGCAGCAGCAGCAGCAGCAGCAGCAGCAGCAGCAGCAGCAGCAGCAGCAGCAGCAGCAGCAGCAGCAGCAGCAGCAGCAGCAGCAGCAGCAGCAGCAGCAGCAGCAGCAGCAGCAGCAGCAGCAGCAGCAGCAGCAGCAGCAGCAGCAGCAGCAGCAGCAGCAGCAGCAGCAGCAGCAGCAGCAGCAGCAGCAGCAGCAGCAGCAGCAGCAGCAGCAGCAGCAGCAGCAGCAGCAGCAGCAGCAGCAGCAGCAGCAGCAGCAGCAGCAGCAGCAGCAGCAGCAGCAGCAGCAGCAGCAGCAGCAGCAGCAGCAGCAGCAGCAGCAGCAGCAGCAGCAGCAGCAGCAGCAGCAGCAGCAGCAGCAGCAGCAGCAGCAGCAGCAGCAGCAGCAGCAGCAGCAGCAGCAGCAGCAGCACAGCAGCAGCAGCAGCAGCAGCAGCAGCAGCAGCAGCAGCAGCAGCAGCAGCAGCAGCAGCAGCAGCAGCAGCAGCAGCAGCAGCAGCAGCAGCAGCAGCAGCAGCAGCAGCAGCAGCAGCAGCAGCAGCAGCAGCAGCAGCAGCAGCAGCAGCAGCAGCAGCAGCAGCAGCAGCAGCAGCAGCAGCAGCAGCAGCAGCAGCAGCAGCAGCAGCAGCAGCAGCAGCAGCAGCAGCAGCAGCAGCAGCAGCAGCAGCAGCAGCAGCAGCAGCAGCAGCAGCAGCAGCAGCAGCAGCAGCAGCAGCAGCAGCAGCAGCAGCAGCAGCAGCAGCAGCAGCAGCAGCAGCAGCAGCAGCAGCAGCAGCAGCAGCAGCAGCAGCAGCAGCAGCAGCAGCAGCAGCAGCAGCAGCAGCAGCAGCAGCAGCAGCAGCAGCAGCAGCAGCAGCAGCAGCAGCAGCAGCAGCAGCAGCAGCAGCAGCAGCAGCAGCAGCAGCAGCAGCAGCAGCAGCAGCAGCAGCAGCAGCAGCAGCAGCAGCAGCAGCAGCAGCAGCAGCAGCAGCAGCAGCAGCAGCAGCAGCAGCAGCAGCAGCAGCAGCAGCAGCAGCAGCAGCAGCAGCAGCAGCAGCAGCAGCAGCAGCAGCAGCAGCAGCAGCAGCAGCAGCAGCAGCAGCAGCAGCAGCAGCAGCAGCAGCAGCAGCAGCAGCACAGCAGCAGCAGCAGCAGCAGCAGCAGCAGCAGCAGCAGCAGCAGCAGCAGCAGCAGCAGCAGCAGCAGCAGCAGCAGCAGCAGCAGCAGCAGCAGCAGCAGCAGCAGCAGCAGCAGCAGCAGCAGCAGCAGCAGCAGCAGCAGCAGCAGCAGCAGCAGCAGCAGCAGCAGCAGCAGCAGCAGCAGCACAGCAGCAGCAGCAGCAGCAGCAGCAGCAGCAGCAGCAGCAGCAGCAGCAGCAGCAGCAGCAGCAGCAGCAGCAGCAGCAGCAGAGGAGCAGCAGCAGCAGCAGCAGCAGCAGCAGCAGCAGCAGGGGAAGAAGAUGCAGGAGAUGAGUACGAGGCAAUGA